CGGGGCGGCGGGGGGAUGCUCCCCCGCUCUCGGGUCUCGCCUUUUUCUCCUUCCGCACUGUCUGGGUUUCCGCUUCCCUCCUGGGCGCGGGGUGAGGGAGCGGGGCCGCGCCUCGGUCCCGGCCGCCGCCGCCAUGUGGCCCCCAGACCAGGAACCCGACCCGGACCCCGACCCGGCCCCGGCGCGCGCCGGACGCUCCCCGCCGGGCGCGGCGAUGCCCGGGCUCCGCGCCCUCCUGCCGGCGCGCGCCUACCUCUGCUCGCUCAAAGGCCGCCUCCUGCUGGCAGAGUCGGGUCUGUCGUUCAUCACCUUUGUCUGCUAUGUGGCAUCCUCUGCAUCCGCCUUCCUCGCGGCACCCCUGCUGGAGUUCCUGCUGGCCCUCUACUUCCUCUUUGCUGAUGCCAUGCAGCUGAAUGACAAGUGGCAGGGAUUGUGCUGGCCCAUGAUGGACUUCCUGCGCUGCGUCACAGCAGCCCUCAUCUACUUCGCCAUCUCCAUCACAGCUGUUGCCAAGUACUCGGACGGGGCUUCCAAAGCAGCUGGGGUGUUUGGCUUCUUUGCCACCAUCGUGUUUGCAAUUGACUUCUAUCUGAUCUUUAAUGAUGUGGCCAAAUUUCUCAAACAAGGGGACUCCGCAGACGAGAACACAGCUGACAAGGCAGAAGAAGAGAAUUCCGACUCUGACUCUGACUGAAGGCCUACCCUGCCCUGGCAACCCGAGCCUCAUGGGCCUUGACUGCUGCACCCUCUGACCAGGAGAGCCAGGACGUGGUCAGGGGACCGUGUGUGUUGGGAGAAAGGCUGUGACCUCAGCAGCAGUGGGAGUUGCUGAGGGAGCCAGCCUCCUCACAGCCCCAAGGUGACUUUCCCAAGCCCAGCAUACAAAUCGGCACCCCUUGGCUUAGCCCCAUCCAACCGCCCCAUACACAGGGGCUUCGUGAAUAUUCUGCCACUUCUCAUUUCUGCCCCGCAGACCUUAAGCCUUGUAACCUCCCUGCCAAAAAUCAGCACAAGGGGACAGAGCUGAUGGAGCCUUGUUACGGGAGGCAUCUCAUGCUGCAAAGCUGGCAGGGGGUGAGGGGGAGGCGGGUAGAUGUAGGGCAGAAACCACCACAAGGCCAACCUGCUGGGCCCCAGGGGGGUUUGUCUGCAUUUGCUCACAACAGGCACUUUGUGGAGAAUAAUCCUUCUAAGAUUCUUUUGUUCAAGGAGUACCAGCUGCCUCUUCGUUUCUUUUUGUUUUUGUUCUUAGUGUUUAUUUUUGAGAGAGAAAGAGCAUGAGCAGGGAAGGGGCCGAGAAAGGGAGGGAGACAGAAUCCAAAGCAGGCUCCAGGCUCUGAGCUGUCAGCACAGAGCCCGAUGAGGGUCUCGAAUUCAUGAACCUCGAAAUCGUGACCUGAGCCCAAGUCGGACCAUUAACCAACUGAACCACCCAGGCGCCCCUGCCUCUUCAUUCUUGAAGCAGGGAGAAAACUGACCUUGGCUCUCAUCUGGGAGAGAGCGGGUCCGUAACGGGCACCUCACGCCCUCGGAAACCACGUCUUCUCUGGGCAACAUGCCAGUUGUAGAUUAGCUUACUAGGUCCAAAGGAGCGAGGGUACCUAACAGUGAAGUAACUGACAGCGUCCUGGGUAGCUGGGCGGGCCCAGCCAAACCCUCUUGCCCGCCAGCAGGCGAGAGGCUCCCAGGCACUCAGCAUGACAUGUUUCUCGACCCCAGAGCAGGUCUCCUGACCACCUCUCCAGAGGUGAAAUGUGCCUUCUGUGUUCGCCUGAGGACCUGUGCAGUGUAUGUAUGUUCAAUAGGAUUUUGUAACUGUAUGUAAUUUUUUUUUUUUUACACAAUAGUAGCUUCUUUAAAUGGCCUUUCCUGUGACCCAAGAGGCCUCAUGAAUGAGCCAGACAUGGACCAUGUCUUGGGCAUUUGUAACCUUUGUUCUUCUCUUGCAUGUGAAAAAAGCCAUAAUGGAUUAAACCAGACUACCUGC